AAGGGAUAAAGUUUGGCCCCAAGGGUGCUAGGGGGAUUGCGAACGGUUUUGCCUUGUGAAAGAAACAAACACAGAAAAGAGAGACAGCCGACCUCGUUGUGAUCCAGUGCCUACUCGACCUUUCUUUCCACGACCAGGCAAAUUUCAGCAACUACAGUGGCCCAUCUUUCCUUGCCCUUCCUCCCCCACCUCAUUUUCACAAACAACCACAUGGAACCAAGCAAGCGACACGCAGGACCAAGCCUGGCAGUAAGAAUUUCCCGCUUGCGGCACCAGCAUCCAGCUCUGAAGGACAGUGUGCGGAGGUGCGCCGUCCCGCUCAUCGCCGUGGUGUUUCUCCUGGUGAACUAUUACUACAACAAACAUGUCCAGUCGAGGGGCUACCCACAACUGGGCUACCCGCUCUCCGAACAUACCGUCGAUGAGUUUCACAGGGCGGUGUCAAGCAAGCAGGCGGACCGGGCGGACACACCCUUCAACGCCGCAACAGCUUCCAUAAUUGAGACCAUCUCGACCCUGCCGCCAAAAGUGCAGAGCAUUUAUGGACCGCUAGAGUUCCAGCCUACUGACCUCUUUGAACCUUUCAACGCCAACUCUUUGCUUUUCGUUUCGGGCAUGUUUGUGGUCUACAAACGGACACCUGUCAAUCCACCGACCGCUUACGUCAGCUAGCGGCUUCUUUCUUGCCGAAGGGCCUUCCCCUUUUGGGCAUGCCAUGGCGCCGGUAUCUAUAACUGAGGCAUCAGAGACAACCACAAUGGCCGGUCCGGAGCUACUUCAAUCAUGUACGACUACAUCUUUGUAUUUUAAAUACCCAUCAACUGUAUAUCUACUUCUAAUUUCAAGCACGACAUAAACUCUGUUUCUAGCCCUGA